AUGUCCACUUCAAGCGCGCCAGGCGACCCUAUGACGCCAAUCUACCACACUCAGGAGGGCGACCCGCGCAUCCUGGCUCAACUCAUCAUUGGUGGAUUGGGUGAAGGCUGCGAGAGCUUGUACGACUACGAGAAGGGCGGUCAUCAUCCUGUCCAUCUUGAAGAUUUGCUUGGACCUCAGAACCGCUAUCGAGUGAUACACAAGCUGGGUAAAGGAGGAUUCGCUAACGUUUGGCUGUGUCGCGACACUCAAGACGGGCCCUCGAGAUACGUCGCACUGAAGAUUCUGAUGGCGGACUACUCUCAAGAAGACUGCCCGGAGCUUCGUGCUCUUGAGCUCAACAACUUGCUCAAGCAUGACUCGAAGGGCAGACAACAUGUCUGUCUGCCACUCGACAACUUUCGAAUCGAAGGACCCAACGGCUCCCACCUCUGCUUUGUAUAUCCUGUAUUGGGCCCGUGUGCCUCGAGCAGGCCAGCGAAAUUUGAGUAUUCGAAGUUCUCUUUGCGGCGCUUCGCGCUGCAGGCAACUCAGGCUGUCGCAGCUCUCCACGAAAUUGGUCUCUGUCAUGGAGAUCUCAGCGCUUCGAACAUUCUGCUCCGCACCAUAAGAUACAACGAGUUGUCGGAAGAUGAGCUUAUUGAGACUCUCGGCCAGCCUAGACGAGAGGAAGUCAGGACUAUGGGCGGAGAUCAACAUCAGAAUCCCAGCGCACCACAGUAUCUUGUGUACCCCAUCGACUCCACUGAGAUGGAGAGCAAAUUCUUGACCGGCGACGCAUGCAUCACUGACUUGGGCGAAUCUUUCGAAGUACAAGAACCUCCAGAAAACCUGGGCAUUCCAAUAUCAUACCGUGCACCUGAACUGCUCUUGGGAGGCAAACCAGGGAGAGGCUGUGAUCUAUGGGCUUUGGGCUGCAUACUUUUCGAGAUUAGGAUGGGCAGGCAGCUUUUCGGCACGUGGGACGACGACACCGGAGAGUAUCUCCACACAGUCGCUAUGACGUUGGGCAAGUAUCCAGAACCGUUUUGGUCAAAUUGGGAAGAUCGAAGCGAUACCUUGGAGGAAGAAGCCGACGAGCAAGGCAGAGUUGUUUUGACCGCAGAGGUACUGGGACGGAUCGUCGGACACGAUACUCACUCUGCAGAUGGACUCGCUAUUGAACCGCGCUCUUUGCUAGAGGCAAUCGCGCCGGCCUUAUUCUACGAUGCGGCUUACAAGCCCCGCAAUCCUCGCAAGCAGGCCAGCAAGAUUUCUGACGAGGAAGCAAAGCUCUUCGCUGAUCUACUUGAGAAGCUGUUGGCAUAUGAGCCAGAGAGACGUUUGUCGGCGCAGGAAGCCAGCGAGCAUGAGUGGUUCAAGUUCAGCGACGAGGAGCAACAGGAGACCAUCGUGGUGCCAGAGCAGACGAACGACCAGAGCAUGGACAUAGAACAACAGACAGGCGUAGAUGAGCAGCCUGCCAGCGCUGAAGAACCAGAGCUGGAAGUCAAGGCCCAGGAGGCGAGCCCGGGAGGACGAAUUACAAACCAGGCAGCACCAAGCCCGAUGGAGAUCGAACAGAAACCGAGCGAGAUCGAGGAGGGCAGAAGACGGAUGAGAAGACACAGCAUCUGA